AUGACAGCAAAACACCUAUCAUUGCCUAUCAUCCAAAAAGCUACAAAAUCCAUACGCCGGCACGUUCGCCGGUCGCCACCGGGUUCUUUGAUUUUCCUGUCUUUCUCAGUCACCCCCAGUGUCUCCUCGCCCCAUGUCGCACCGUCUGGUUGGAUUCUGCUCCUCGCCCGUGUGGUGGAGGAUUCCGAGUUCUUCUACCUGGUGAACGAGCCCUACUUCGGUGGGGACUUGACCCAGCUGGGGAAGCGCGCCCACGACCAGGGGAUCUCUAUGAGCGAGGAUUGGUGGAGGGGGAUCUUUUAUCAGUGCCUGGAGGGUUUGGAAUAUCUUCAUUCUCAAGCCGUGAUGCAUUGUGACAUCAAGGAAGAGAACAUCAUGCUCGCAGAAAGGCCACCCUUAGGGGAUCCUCGCGUGGUGCUGAUUGAUUUCGGCCUGGCCGAGGGCUUCUCUUCCACCUCCAGUGGAGCCAGCGGCACGGCCGGCUACAUUCCGCCGGAGACUUGGGAAACCGAAUGGUGGUAUCCCAAGGGUGACAUCUUCAGCAUGGGCAUCGUCUUCUUUCAGCUGAUGAUUGGCCAGGUGCCCAGUGGCGAUGUCAUCGGCGUGUUGCAGACCACGGGAGAGAACGAGGAGGUGCCAGUGAGAACUGGGUGCAGAGGGUGUUGCCCUCUAGAGGUUUCGCUAAUGAUGCUUACGUCAACGGUUUGCAUCACCCGCAUUCAUUCUUUUGAGAGUCUUGUUUGCCUUCAUGGAGUGGCACCUUAA